AUGGCGAUCAAACCUACAAAAGCUGAGAAGAAGCAGAAUUACGAUGCCAAGCUCUGCCAACUCAUCGAUGACUUCACCCAAAUCCUUGUUGUUAACGCCGACAAUGUCGGAUCGAACCAGCUCCAGAGCAUUCGUAGCGGUCUACGUGGUGACUCGGUUGUUCUCAUGGGUAAGAACACCAUGAUGAAGCGUUCCAUUCGUAUCCAUGCUGAGAAAACCGGAAACAAAGCAUUUCACAACCUUAUUCCCCUUCUUGUCGGAAAUGUUGGUUUGAUUUUCACAAAAGGUGACUUGAAGGAAGUUAGUGACGAGGUUGCCAAGUACAAGGUUGGAGCUCCUGCUCGUGUUGGUUUGGUUGCUCCAAUCGAUGUCGUUGUGCCUCCAGGCAACACAGGGCUCGACCCCUCUCAGACUUCUUUCUUCCAGGUGCUUAACAUUCCAACCAAGAUUAACAAGGGAACUGUGGAAAUCAUUACCCCUGUGGAGCUCAUUAAGAAAGGAGACAAGGUUGGAUCUUCUGAAGCUGCAUUGCUUUCCAAGUUAGGCAUAAGGCCCUUUUCCUAUGGGCUUGUGGUCCUUCAUGUUUAUGAUAAUGGUUCAGUUUUUAGCCCUGAGGUUCUUGACCUCACCGAUGAUGACCUCGUUCAGAAGUUUGCUGCUGGGGUCUCAAUGGUUGCUUCACUUUCUUUGGCUAUCUCAUACCCAACGCUUGCAGCCGCUCCUCAUAUGUUUGUUAAUGCAUACAAGAACGUUCUAGCAGUUGCAGUUGCUACAGAGUAUUCAUUCCCCGAGGCAGACGAGGUUAAAGAGUACCUGAAGGACCCAAGUAAGUUUGCCGUAGCUGCAGUUGCUGCACCAGCUGCUGCUUCCGCUGCUGCCCCUGCUGCCGCCAAGGAGGAGACAAAGAAGGAAGAGCCCGAAGAAGAAUCCGAUGAAGACAUUGGUUUUGGUCUGUUUGACGAAUAA